UCCCUUUGCAGACAGGCUUUCUAUGGGUUAAGCUGAGUGAGGUGGAUUCCUAGAGAGAAAGGAAACGACCAGGGGACAAAUGUGCCUCUUGCAUCCAAGGUCCAGCCCUUUCCGUCCAUGUGAAGAGGUCAGGUCCUCCCCCUCCAGCUGUUUCUCAUUGAUUCAAGCUAGUGUUGCCUUCUUUCCCAGAAGGAAGAGCAAUUUUGGAGAGUGAGCGUGAUGCUCGUACAUCUCUCGGUCAAGAGAAAGCAUUAAUCAGGCUGAAAGAGAAAAAGUUGCAAGAGCAGAAGGGGAGAAUCCCACCAAAGGGGACAUGGCUCUUGUAGCUCUGCUGGAACUUGCCUGGAAGAACAGAUCGCAGGAGGAAAAGCAAGACCUCUGCAUCCCCUGGUCAAAGGAUGAUGACUCUCCUGCCAUUCAGGCUGGGAGUGGAGGACCGCUUUUGGGAAAUACGUUACCAGGGAAUGCACUGAGUUCAGAGACAGAGCGCCAGAGCUUCAGGCAGUUCACCUACAAGGAGACUUCGGGGCCUCGAGAGGCCUGCAGCUGCCUCCACUCUCUGUGCCGCCUGUGGCUGAAGCCCGAGCGACACUCCAAGGCAGAGAUGCUGGACCUGGUGAUCCUGGAGCAGUUCCUGGCCAUCCUUCCUGCGGAGAUGGAGCGCUGGGUGAGGGAAUGUGGGGCAGAGACCAGCUCCCAGGCCGUGGCCUUGGCUGAAGGAUUCCUCCUGAGUGAAGCAGAAGAGAAGACACUGGAGGAAAAGCAGGUGAGAGAAUUUAAUCUCAAUACUUUCAAAGAAGCAGGGAUGAUUAUGAUGAAGAGAGUCAAACUCUAAAUCUCCCAACCAACCUUCUUCUGGGUUGUUGUGAGGU